AUGGCCAGUAGUGCUUCAGCGGUGUUGGAUGUAGUAGUAGAAAAUAAAGAAAUAUCCACGGGAGCGGCAAAAGAUAAAGACGUCGAUCCCAGUAGUGUUUGUAGUGGAGAUUCCACCUUUGAUAAUUCGCUCGUACAAUCUCCAAGCAUAGAAAGCUUUUCAACAAUACAUGAUAUUGAAAAUUUGGCCGAACUUAAUAUGGACGAGAAUUCGGAUUUAUGUGUAAAAAUUGACAAUCCUCAGAAGCAUUUAGAAACGUUAGAAACAUAUAUAACAUUUAGAAUAACAACGAAGGUAGCUAGAAUAGAAUUUUCUGAUAAUGAAUAUGUAGCACAUAGAAGAUACAAUGAUUUUUUGUGGCUGCGUCAAAAACUAGUAGAAUGCCAUCCAUUUUGCAUUGUACCACCAUUGCCUGGUAAGCACUCGUUAAUAGGUCAGUUAGAUAGAUAUUCCAAAGACUUUAUACUUUUAAGAAUGAAAGCUUUAAAUGUUUUUAUAACGAGAGUUACAAAGCAUCCCAUUUUAAGCUGCAAUGAACACUUUAAAGUAUUUUUAACGGCAAAAUCUGCAGACUUCACAUUACACAGAAGACAAAGGCAUCCCGUCCAACAGAAAAUAAGGACAUUCAACCAUGGUAACUCAUCCCAUAGUGUCUUAAAGAAUAAACAUAUGGAAUUUGAUAAAACCAAAGCAUACUUAACAACUCUAUCAGAAAAACUUUCUUCAAUAGAAAAGAUAUCUAGUCGUAUUAAUAAAGAAAGGUGUGAGUAUGUUUCAGAACUGAAUAGCUACCACCCUAUAUUCACCACUUGGGCUACCUCAGAACCUGAACUGUCAGAAAUGUUACAAAAUAUUGGUAGUGCAAUGGAGAGGAGUUCUGCAGCACAAAAUGCUCUAGUACAAAGUUAUAGUAAUACUGUAGGUAAUCCUAUUAAGGACUUUUUGUCAUACAUUGAUAUAGCUCAAGAGACUUUGAGGAAAAGGGAAUCCUACCAGUAUGCCUAUGAGGUUUCUGUUGAGGAUUUAAAUAAAAGACAUAGUGAGAAGGAUAAACUGGUGGCCAUUUCCCAAAAUCCGUCCCAAGCAGCAGCCGGUUUCUCUCUCUGGAAGCAGUCAAGUUGUGAUGAUAAACUAGAAAAAUUAGGCUCAUACAUUCCUCAGCUGAUUAAGAAAGUCGAAUCGAAUCAGGAUAAUCUCGAAUGCGCCAACGAAUCCUUGCGAAGCGAUCUUCAGCGAUGGCAUUCGGAAAAGCAACAGUGCUUGAAGAAGAUAUUACUAGACUUCGUUAAUAAACAAAUCAAUUAUUACCAAGCCACCGUGAACUCUUGGGAGUACGUUACUAGUGAGAUUAACAAGCAGAAUCAAUCUUUGCGAAACAACUCGAAAUAA